GUUUGUGCCAGGCUGACAGUGCCCACGUUAUAGGCGUGUCUGCGAAGGUUGAACAACUGUCCUGUAUUUAUGCCAAAUGUGGGGACAAGUUUUUGUGUCCCCAAGCUUGUGUGUUCAUGACACUGAGAGGGUCUGAGAGCUGAGGUGUGUGUAUGGGGGGUAUGCCUGCACACUGUAGUAAACGGGCAUUGGGGAGAGGUGUCUUACUUAUUGAUGAGCAAAUGCAGCUCUAGGUCCAAGAUCCCUUGGACCUGCCAGUGACUGACUGGGAGAGAGAGUCCCAGGAGGAGCAAGAGAGGCCUGGGUGGAUUUCUCCCCCUGCUCCAGCCCCCAGCCCGUCUUCCUCCCGGCUCCCGGUUCCUCGGCCCACAGGUGGGGAUCGGUCCAACCCCAUCUCCUUUGGCGGGACUGGCCCGGCGCCGGGAUGACCGUCACGUACACAGCCCGCGUGGCCAACGCGCGCUUUGGCGGCUUCUCGCAGCUGCUACUGCUGUGGCGCGGGAGCAUCUACAAACUUUUGUGGCGGGAGCUGCUCUGUUUCCUCGGGCUCUACAUGGCGCUGAGUUCCACCUAUCGCUUCGUGCUGACCGAAGGGCAGAAGCGCUACUUCGAGAAGCUCGUCAUUUACUGCGACCAGUACGCCAGUCUCAUCCCGGUCUCAUUCGUGCUCGGCUUCUAUGUGAAUCUGGUGGUGCACCGUUGGUGGAACCAGUACCUCUGCAUGCCUCUGCCCGACGCGCUCAUGUGCAUAGUGUCGGGCACCGUGCACGGGCGCGACGAGCGCGGCCGCCUCUACCGGCGCACGCUCAUGCGCUACGCAGGGCUCUCAGCUGUGCUCAUCCUGCGCUCUGUCAGCACUGCAGUCUUCAAGCGCUUCCCUACCAUAGACCACGUGGUUGAGGCUGGGUUUAUGACCCGCGAGGAGCGCAAGAAGUUCGAGAACUUGAACUCGCCCUACAACAAGUAUUGGGUGCCCUGCGUCUGGUUCUCCAACUUGGCGGCACAGGCCCGGCGUGAGGGCCGCAUCCGUGACAACAGCGCCCUUAAACUGCUGCUCGAGGAGCUGACUGUGUUUCGGGGCAAGUGUUCGAUGCUGUUUCACUACGACUGGAUCAGCGUACCCCUCGUCUACACUCAGGUGGUGACCAUCGCCGUGUACAGUUACUUCCUGGCCUGCCUUAUCGGUCGUCAGUUCCUAGACCCUGCGCAGGGCUACAAAGACCACAAUCUUGACCUGUUCGUUCCAGUCUUCACUCUGCUGCAGUUCUUCUUCUACGCCGGCUGGCUCAAGGUAGCCGAGCAGCUCAUCAACCCCUUUGGAGAGGACGACGAUGACUUUGAGACCAACUUUUUGAUCGACCGAAACUUCCAGGUGUCAAUGCUGGCCGUGGAUGAGAUGUACGACGACCUAGCCAUGCUGGAGAAGGAUCUGUACUGGGACGCGGCUGAGGCUCGUGCCCCCUACACAGCAGCCACCGCCUUCCAGAGGCUGCAGCCCUCUUUCCUGGGCUCCACCUUUGACAUCACGUUGGCCAAGGAGGACAUGCAGUUCCAGCGGCCAGAUGGCGUGGACGUGCCGCUGGGCGAGGCCCAGGGCGACUUCUUGCAGCGCCUCCUGCCUGCAGGCCCAGGCAUGGCCGCAGGAGGCCUGCUAGGCCGGCGCCUGUCCUUGCUGCGCCGCAAGAACAGCUGCGUGUCGGAGGCGUCCACUGCUGCCAGCUGCGCGUGCGCGGGCGCUCCAGACACCGCAGCCCUGGAGUGCGGCUGCGGGGACCUGCUGCUCGACCCGGGCCUGAGGGAACCAGAACCCGAGCCCCUCACUGGGCCCGAGCCCUCCGCCACGGGGCCUGUCGCCGAGCCCUUCACCACAGUGUCCAUGCCCACGUACCGGGGACCGGCUCCACCCUGGCUGCCCAGCCCCAUUGGCGAAGAGGAAGAGAGUCUCACCUGAGACCCUGGGGCCCAGGAUUGCCAAGGACAGGGAGCCAAGACCCGCACCACAGGCAGGCACCAGUCUGGGCCUUCAUAAGCCAGGCGUGGACUCCUCCUGUCCGCUUUUGACCAAUUCCGGCCUUCACGUCUGGCAUAAGGGCUUGGAGCGCCUGUGGGCUAGGCCCUGGGCUAAGCACAGGGGAUUCUUCCAGCUGCUUUGAGCAGCUUAUCCUUCCCACUAGCUCUACUUCCCACUGUCCACUGCCUGAGAGUGUGUCCUCUAUCAGUGUGUCCCGCCUUUAUUGCUGGAGAUGUGAGUGCCUACCUUUCUGAGUUGUCAGGAUGGGAUGAAAUGAUGGCUUUAAAGUGUUUGAUACA